AUGGCAUUUGAAGAAAUAUACGAAUAUGUUGAGAAAGACACCUUCAUCAAGUAUUUCCGUUUAACUAUAUUCGUGUGUGCCUAUCUCAUAUUUCGUAAAUAUUACUCGCAAUGGGCAGCCAAAAAGCAAAGUGAACACCAGCAGAAAUUGGACGAAAAAGAAAAGGCAGAGAAACCAGCAAGAGAGGCUGAAGCUCAGAGACAAUUGGAAGAGAAAUUGGAGAAGGAAGCGAACGAGUUUGGUUGGGGUAAAAAGACCAGAAAGAAUGUGAAAACUACUCAAGCCGUUUUGGAGCAGUUGGCUGAGGAAACGAGACAACGACACCAAACUGCUUACGAUGCUCAAGAAGACGCCGAUAUUGAGGAUUUAUUAGAGGAUUAG